CUGUCUGUUAUGUUCUAAUAAUUUUUUAAUUAUUUCGUUAUUUUAAUUACAGUAUAAUGAACUAUGAUCAAGAGAAACACAAUCCAUGCUUGAAGGAACAGCUUAUAACAUACAAAUGUUUAGACCAAUUUCAAUAUAAUAAGGAGAAAUGCGAAUUGGAAAUGUACAAUUAUAAAGAAUGUAAAUCAUUUUGGGGUAGGGUGAGAGCAGACAGGAGAAGAAAAGACAUAAAACCAUAUCUACCAGAAGUAAAGGAUCGCGAAAAAAUUAAAUUACAAUAUAUGGGUUCAAAACCAACUUAAUAAAUAUGUUUAAUUGUAGUGGUAUCAGAAUUGAAUGUACAUAAAAUAUA